AUGCCUAAAACGAAGCCGUAUACCGAAUUUGAGCUUGCCCAGGCCAUCGAGGCUAUCGGAAAGGGCUUGUUACAGAAACAGGCCUCACGCGAGUAUGGCAUACCAAGGUCUACUCUUCAACAACAUCUAGCAGGAAGAGAAUCGCAUCAAACAGCUUAUCAAUACCAGCAAAAGCUCUCUUUUACUUAG